AUGGGAAGUCAAGCCGCCACUGCCGGCGCCGGCAUCGCCCUCAUCCCGUGGGACCCAGCUAGCGACGCCCACGCCGAGCGCAUGACGACGCAGCGGCACGCGUGCGGCUGGGACGUGGACCAGGUGCCGUACUGGCAGAAGAAGGUCGCCGCCGGUGACAAGCUACUCUUUUGGAUCGUGCUGUCCGGACGUGGCGACGAGGAGGAGCUGCUGGCCAAGCACAGGGCCGGGAGCGCAGCGGAGAUUGCGCCGCUGCGAGACACGGCGGCGCGGGUGGGCAGGACGGACCGGACGCCGACGGCGGACGAGUUUCUUCCGAUUGGGCAUAUCGCUCUGGAUGAGUAUCCGAUGAGGAAUGUGCUGUUUGGGCUGCCGGCGGCGACGUUGUGGAUUAAGUCGUUUUACAUUUCCAAAGCCAUUCAGUCUGGUGGCCUUGGGCGCAAAGCCAUGGAGCAGGCCGAGGCCAUGGCCGCCGCGGCGCCGUUCCACAGCGCAGCGUUGGCGCUGGACACGACGCACCAGGCGUGGCAGCGGCGCAUGACGAGCCAGAGCCUCUACGGCACGGACGAGCCGCCCGCGGACGCGCCGUCGAUCCGGACGAACCAGGCGUGGUACACGCGGCAGGACUACGCGGACAUGGCGCUGCCGGACACGGAGGGGGAGUGUGCAAGAGCGGAGGGCAGGGAGUCGCUGGGGUAUUAUGCAUGGACGAACCCGGAGACUGGGGAGUUUUUCAAGAUUCCGACGGUGUACAUGUAUAAGAUGAUGAGGAAAUAG